CCCGGCGACACACGUGGGGGGAGGCAGGCAGGGAGGCCGGGCUGCCCUCCCCAGCGCCGCCGCCGCCGCCGGAGCCUCUCCUGGCCCCUACCCAAGGCGAGAUCAUGGGCAAAAGCAAACCCAAGCGCUUCCGCCGGCCGCCCUUUGCUCCGGCCGGGGAGCGGAGGCUGUCGGGCGGCGAGGCCGAAGGAGGAGAAGCGUCUCCGGCCGCCGAGCUGCUGGAGAAGCUGCAGCACCCGAAUGCCGAUGUGAGAGAAUUUGCUUGUGCCAGCAUUUCCAAAGUCCUGCAGCAGAAGCAGACAAUCCCUGCCUUUGUCCAAAGAGAUGUCGUCCGGUGUCUGGGGCCCAUGCUGCUUGAUCAGAGCCUGGCGGUUCGAGAGACGGCAGCGGGAGCCCUUCGGAAUCUCAGUGCCUGUGGAGGAUUUGAAGUUUGUGACAACAUGGUCACGAAAGACGUCAUGACGCCCCUUGUAGCUCUUCUGAAGGAGUGCCAGGCGGGGCUGGAGGAGAGCAACGGCACUGUGAAGGAGAGCAAAGAGACAAACAAGAAUUAUAUUGAGGAUAUCGCCAACGAGGCCGUGAACCUGUUGUGGAAUGUCUGCGAAUGCAGCAGCACAGCCAUCUCCAUAUUCAAUAGAGAAGGAUGCUUGACUGUUGUGCUCCAGUUCUUGAAGAGAUUUCACACCAACGUGGACCUGGCUAUUGCAGUGGCAUCUUGCUUGCAGGCCGUGACGGAAGAUAACCCCGAUCUGCUUUCAUCCUUUGAUGCGUCUGCGCACCAAACGCUGGAAAUGGUCAUGGUGUCGUCAGACAAAACUAUGGAGCACAUUCUUCUGCGGACGCUGAUGGCAGGCAUACUUUGGAAUAUCAAGAGCACGCUGCCCUCUGGGAGCCAGGCGGGCACCGUGAACACUAUUCUGAAGACCCUCUCAGAAGGCUUAGCUGUGGACGCUGGUGAGAUGGUCAUUCGUAUGAAGGAAGAGGAAACAGAACGGCUGAAGACUUUGGCAGAACCAGGAACAGAGGAGAAUGGGAGUGGCAUGGUAGUAAAUGAGGAUGAAGAGAUGGAAGAAACGCCUCAAAAACCCACUAAAGGGAAAACUGAUGUUUCAGAUCUGCUUCCAGCCAGUAAACAGGAGCUGAAACAGGUAACUGCCUUACUCCUGGCUCAACAGACAGCUCUGGAAAUCAUCGUGAACAUGUGCUGCAACGAGGAGCCUUCGGACGAUGAGUGGGAAGAGCUGUCCAGUAGUGACGAGAGUGAUGCCUUCUUAGAAAAUUCCUUUGAAGAAGGCGGGAAGUUGAUGUCACCCCUUUGCCUGUCUGCCGAGGUCCAUACGGCUCUCAUGAACCACCUGGUUCCCAAGAAGAUACUUGAAAAAACAGCUUUCCCCAACAGUGCUGCCAUUGACAUCUGUACACGCAGUCCGACUUGGAAGCCAAUUAUUAAAAAGCUGAACAUGGUGCAAUACAGGGCUCUGACCUGCCUCCACAGUAUCCUGUUGGUGUCCGAUGUGGAUUGCCUUGGGGGUGCUUCAGUUCUCCAGUUUCUGGCACAGCACUUGUCGCAGUUGAUUUUCUCCCAGCCAGAGUUUUCUAAGCAAACGGAAUUUCUGGAAGCCGUCACCAGCGCCAUGCGGGCUCUUUUACAAAUGAUGGCGUCGAAUAAUAUACCUCAGUGCACCACUCCUGAGCAACUGAUGACUUUGUGCGAAGCUGGUAUUCAAAGUGACAAUGUCGGCGUUCGGGUCAACGUCGUCAGCAUUCUGGGCAUUGCCGGCAGCGUGCUAUCUAAAUUGGAAGACACCGUGGAGACGCUAAAGAUGAUUGGGAAAUUCCUCCUCGAAGUUGCCACGAAAGACCCUUCUCUGGUGGUUGCGGGAGAAGCUCUGGAUGCCCUUUUCGACGUCUUCGCUGACGGGAAGGAAGCGGAGAGGGCGGCGGAGCAAAUUAAACUGCUUUCGGCCCUUAAGGAAUUCCAGCCGGUUUUCAGAUUGCGAAUGCGGAAAGAAGGGAAAGGACAGUACAGCACUGACCAGCUGUGUGUGCUGGACAACGUGAAACUGAAUUUAAGAAGAUUUAUUGCCUAUCUGGAGAAGCUGGAAAAGAAAUAACAACAUAGAGUUCUAUUUAGAGCAAUUCUGUAAAGCUAUAUUUUUAUUAUGGUUUUGUUAAAUGCUGUAGUUUGAAUUGUAGCAACUUGCAGUAACUGGGAGGGGGAAAGGGUGGUGAUUUUGCUUUCGAUGUUGCAUUUUUAAAAAAAUGUUUCGGGAAGGAGGCGGUUGAUGCAAUAGUAAAUUGAGAUUUGGAGUA